UAACUCCUCCCGCCGUGGCGGCUCCUCCUUUCCAGAUUUCACUGCCGCAUAGGGCGCACUCUCCUGGCUUAGGCAGUGGUAGAGCGGCGUGCCUGGUCUCUCUUCCGGCCGCCAUCUCGCGUGUUCUGCUCGAUCCUCAUCCCACUCCCACGAUCCUCAUCUCCCCCCGCUCUGGCACCGCUGCUUCCCCUCUAAGAAGAUGAAAGAAACGAUCAUGAACCAAGAAAAGCUUGCUAAGCUCCAGUCCCAAGUGCGCAUUGGUGGCAAGGGUACUGCCCGCAGAAAGAAGAAGGUUGUCCAUAGAACAGCUACAGCAGAUGACAAGAAACUUCAGUUUUCUUUGAAGAAACUGGGUGUCAACAAUAUUUCUGGAAUUGAAGAGGUAAAUAUGUUCACCAACCAAGGAACAGUCAUUCACUUCAAUAACCCUAAAGUUCAGGCAUCCCUGGCUGCUAGCACUUUCACUAUCACUGGCCAUGCUGAGACAAAGCAGCUGACAGAAAUGCUUCCUAGCAUCUUAAAUCAGCUUGGAGCUGACAGUUUGACUAGCCUGAGAAGAUUGGCAGAAGCCCUACCCAAGCAAUCUAUGGAUGGAAAAGCACCACUUGCUACUGGUGGUGAUGAUGAUGACGAUGACGAAGUUCCAGGGAGACAUCUGCUGAUAAUAGGCUAUUGAAUGUCACUGCAUGACUGAUAAGAACUAUAGCAUCCUAUUGUGAGAUGCUCCACCCAGAGGGAGGAGCCAAGCAUUCCUACCUAGAUAUAAUCUAGAGAUUCUAGAACACCAGCACGGCUUCUCCACUGGAUUUCCCAGAGGAAUAGCUGCCUCUUCAACUAAAUCUUCAGAGGAAGACUACACCCUUCUACAGGAUCCCUGCUCCAACAGAACCACCCCUGACACUCCAGGAGGACUGCAGCCACAUUUCCAAUUGGACUGCUACCAACACCCUGACCAACAGGGUGUCAGGUUGGGUUCUGACUCUGUCAGUGUUGCUUUGGUCUACUUCAUUGUUUAUUUUAUCUUUUUAUUUUCUUCCCUAAUAAAGAACUGUUAUUCCUGCUCCUA